AUGACUCUGAAGGUGUAUCGCGGUGUAUCGUCUGCUGUAUCCUUGCUGUAUACUCUUGCUGUAUCAUCUGCUGUAUUACCUGUUGCAGCCCUUGCUGUAUCACCUGUUGCAGCCCUUGCUGUAUCACCUGCUGUAUCACCUGUUGCAACCCUUGCUGUAUCACUUGCUGUAUCACCUGUUGCAACCCUUGCUGUAUCACUUGCUGUAUCACCUGUUGCAGCCCUUGCUGUAUCACUUGCUGUAUCACCUGUUGCAGCCCUUGCUGUAUCACCUGUUGCAGCCCUUGCUGUAUCACCUGCUGUAUUACCUGUUGCAGUCCUUGAUGUAUCACCUGUUGCAGCCCUUGCUGUAUCACCUGUUGCAGCCCUUGCUGUAUCACUUGCUGUAUCACCUGUUGCAGCCCUUGCUGUAUCACCUGUUGCAGCCCUUGCUGUAUCACUUGCUGUAUCACCUGUUGCAACCCUUGCUGUAUCACUUGCUGUAUCACCUGUUGCAGCCCUUGCUGUAUCACCUGUUGCAGCCCUUGCUGUAUCACUUGCUGUAUCACCUGUUGCAACCCUUGCUGUAUCACUUGCUGUAUCACCUGUUGCAGCCCUUGCUGUAUCACCUGUUGCAGCCCUUGCUGUAUCACCUGUUGCAGCCCUUGCUGUAUCACUUGCUGUAUCACCUGUUGCAGCCCUUGCUGUAUCACUUGCUGUAUCACCUGUUGCAGCCCUUGCUGUAUCACUUGCUGUAUCACCUGUUGCAACCCUUGCUGUAUCACUUGCUGUAUCACCUGUUGCAACCCUUGCUGUAUCACUUGCUGUAUCACCUGUUGCAACCCUUGCUGUAUCACUUGCUGUAUCACCUGUUGCAGCCCUUGAUGUAUCACCUGUUGCAGCCCUUGCUGUAUCACCUGCUGUAUUACCUGUUGCAACCCUUGCUGUAUCACCUGUUGCAGCCCUUGAUGUAUCACCUGUUGCAGCCCUUGCUGUAUCACCUGUUGCAACCCUUGCUGUAUCACCUGUUGCAACCCUUGCUGUAUCACUUGCUGUAUCACCUGUUGCAGCCCUUGCUGUAUCACUUGCAGUAUCACCUGUUGCAACCCUUGCUGUAUCACCUGCUGUAUCACUUGCAGUAUCACCUGUUGCAGCCCUUGCUGUAUCACUUGCUGUAUCACCUGUUGCAGCCCUUGCUGUAUCACUUGCUGUAUCACCUGUUGCAGCCCUUGCUGUAUCACUUGCUGUAUCACCUGUUGCAGCCCUUGCUGUAUCACCUGUUGCAACCCUUGCUGUAUCACUUGCUGUAUCACCUGUUGCAGCCCUUGCUGUAUCACUUGCAGUAUCACCUGUUGCAACCCUUGCUGUAUCACCUGCUGUAUCACUUGCAGUAUCACCUGUUGCAGCCCUUGCUGUAUCACCUGUUGCAGCCCUUGCUGUAUCACUUGCUGUAUCACCUGUUGCAGCCCUUGCUGUAUCACUUGCUGUAUCACCUGUUGCAGCCCUUGCUGUAUCACUUGCUGUAUCACCUGUUGCAGUCCUUGCUGUAUCACCUGCUGUAUCACCUGUUGCAGUCCUUGCUGUAUCACCUGUUGCAGUCCUUGCUGUAUCACCUGUUGCAGUCCUUGCUGUAUCACCUGUUGCAGUCCUUGCUGUAUCACCUGUUGCAGCCCUUGCUGUAUCACUUGCUGUAUCACCUGUUGCAGUCCUUACUGUACCCUUGCUGUACCCCUUACUGUACCCUUGCUGUACCUCCUGCUGCUGGGUGGCAGCUGAUGCGACAAUCAAGACUGGCGGGGGGUCUACCAGACGACGUUGGGAUGACAAGUGUAACUAA